GACUUUGUGAACAGGAAGGAUGUUGACGUGUUUUCCGCAGGCUCACACCGGGGAAAGUUGUUUCCUGAACCAAUGCUUUCAACACCAAACCCUCGCCCUCCUACAAAAUGACUGAAGCGGACUUUAUGAACUGUUAAUACUCGUGUUUUUCUUUGUUUUUUCUUCAUUUUUCUCGCCCAUGUCCCGCCUGUUAUUGAGCUGUCUGAUGGGAAGAUGAGCUCGGAGAAGAAAGACACAGUGGCGAGCCUGCAGGCCCAGCUAGCCGAGUACCGGGCCCAGGCCGAGCACUGGCAGGGCGUGGCAACCAUCUGUGAGCUGAGCAAACAGGAGGAACUGGCCGAGCUGCAGAAACAAUGUGAUGAAGAGAUACAGUCUCUGCAGGAGGCGCUCAGAGAGACUGCAGCUCAGUAUGAAGCCAGGAUAGCAGUGCUGCAGUCCCAGCCUGUGGACUGGAGGAGAACCAGUGGACACAACGCAACCAGCAGCAGGAAGGGCCGGGGCGACGCCGACUUCUCCACUAAUGACUCUCCAACAUCGGGUGUCAAUAGCUCGAAAGAGGAUGAAGCAGCUUCGCCUGCGGACCAAACGAGAAGUCAACCAGCAGAGUCGGAGGCAGCGGCAGAAGGAGAAAGCUCGGCACUCUCGGCCGAGGGUUAUUUCUCAUUGCAGAACUGCGACUCGGCAUCGCUGUCCUCGUUCUCCUUGGACACGCCGUCUCUGCCCAGAAAGCUCCUCGCUCAGGACGACACAGAUUCGCUGGUUUCCACAGGAACGCUGGUUCCCGAAGCCAUCUACCUGCCGCCAGCCGGACACCGCCUCGUAACGCACAGCGACUGGGACGCCAUGAACGCGCAGCUGUCAGAGCUGCGAGGGGAAGUGAGCCGGCUGCAGGCGGAGAAGGAGGAGCUGGAGAGAGAGCUGGAUACACACACCCACCAAACCCACAAACAGGUCUCACUGCUCCAGUCUCAGGUCCAGGCCUCAGAGACGCUUCUACAAGAUUUACAGAAAUCUUUCAGCCAAUCACAGAAUGCUGUGCAGAGCCGGCUGGCAGAGCUGUCCCUGUCUCAGCGGAAAAUGUGCUGUGAAUUGUCCAGGCUCAGGGGAGAAGAGGUUGACGAGAGCUUACUAGAUCCCCUGUCGUCCCUCUCGAGCGCACAGCAUGGGGCGCACUGUGAGGAGCGGCUUCGCAUUGAGAUUGUCAAUCUGAGGGAGCAGCUGGACAGUCGGACUGAGGAGAACGAUGUUUUAGAGGUGCAGCUGUCCACUCUGAGGACGGAGACGGAGAAGAUCCAGGCUCAGAAGGACCAGCAGCAGGCUGAGCUGCUUUCCUGCCGCAGUGAACUGGACGCCCUGCGGGUGGCGCUCACUCAUUUGCAGAGCUCGAACAAAACCCUCACUCAUGAUAAAGCCGUUCUUCACCAACAGUGUCUGGAGCUCCGAAGCCAAGUGAUCAGUCUUCGCUCUCAGGUGGACACCAGCCAGACCGUGCAGAGAGACUUCGUCGAGCUCUCCCAGUCGCUUCAGGUGAAGCUGGAGUUGAUCCGGCAGGCGGAGAGUCUGGAACAGGUCAAGGAGAUUCUGGGGGAGAGCGUCCGUGAAGCGGAGUCUCAGCCGGCUGACGCCUCGUGAGCGUUAGCGGAGAAUAAGAUUAGGAAACCAAAGUAAACAUAUCUCCCGGACCGAGAGUCCACAUGCCGAACUGACAGGCCAGAUAAUGCAACACUGAUUUCCUUUUUCGCAUUAAGACACUGGAACCUCUCACAGACGGUAUUGUCUGCUUCCACUAAGCUUAAAGAAACGGUUGAUCGAGAACCAUUUUUAUAUUUACUUCUGGUAACACAUUCCUUCAUUCCUGUACAGCACUAAUGCUAACCUGAACGUAAUUUGUUCAUGAAACUGACACUCAUCUGCGCAACACUUGACUCUGCAGUGAUUCUGCAUAUUUAAGCAAUAUUUCCCAGUGAAGAAGGUCCUCUAUGCAGCUCAGUGCAAUAAGGAUGGAUAAAGCAAUGCAAAAUAGAGGAUUUUUAAUGUAUUUUGUUUUUAUAUGUAAUUAAUCAUCUAUUUGUUGUCAUUUAUUGGGCGAGUAGACGUAGAACCCAUACCUUUUAAAUUUCAAUAUACAACUGAGAUUAGAAAAUGAAAGCGUUGUAUUAGUAGAGGCAUAUAAAUGUGUAGCAUGUUUUUUGUUUGUUUUAUUACACACUGAAGAUGAAAAACAAGUUGUCACAUUAUGUCUCUCAAGCAUUAAGGUCACAAUCAAACAGGUAUGAUAAAGUUCUGCGGCUCAGAGCUUUUUGCAGUUUGACUGUACAUGCAGACAGAUUAAGAGUUACAAAUCCCAUUAUCCUCAGUACACAUCUUUAUUCUUUAAGAAUAAAAUAAACAGAAUAGCUUUAAAAUACCGUAACUAUAUAUUAUUUUUGGAACAUACACAGAAAGAAAAAAACACAAUACUUUUGCAGCUUUUUGAUGUAUUGUCAGAUGCCUUUUGUGUCUCCUGUUGAUUUCACACCACUUGAUGUUUAGAUCAAGUGACUCGGCGAGUUUUCAUUCAUUUGCAGCAUUGUGCUGUUUUUAUCUCUCCGUCC